GACGAAGCUUACAGAACGCUCCCCUCCAUGCUGAUGCUGUCCGGCAUGUAUCAGGUGGCUUAUUGUGAGUGUUCUGCUGUUUUCCCGUUACUUUAGGUAAGCAGCCUCAUCUUUUAGCUCAACAAGCCCGAUUGGCCAACCGCUUGGCACUAGCCAACCACCAUCACACACCCUUGCGUGCGAGAUUUGUGCGGAUUUUGGGCGGCAUGACCCAAGUACUAAAAUGGCCACUCCCGACUCGAGAAAAUAAUAAUUCAUCAUUCUCUUGCACUCUCUGUCUCUGUGCUUUAUUCCAGCCCAUUCUUGCAGUGAGCCCUUCUUCUCACUUCAAAAAAAAAGCUCUCGGUCCUGGGACAAGGAGCUACGCAUUUAUCUGUUGCCCUUUUCAACAGUGACUUACAGCGUAUACUUCCUUCAUUCCCUUCACCUCACCCAUCACGGCUUCCUCACCUCCCUUCACCCCAACCCCCUUCCUCUCCGAGGAGCCUCAAUCAUGGCAUCAACCAACAUCGUCACAACGUCCUACCUGCUGGGUAACCUUCACUGCCCAUCCUGCGUGGCCCUGAUCCGCUCACUCCUGCACGACACGUACGGUGAGGAUGUGCUCUGGGUUUCACCAAACCUCGUCACCUCCGUCGUGACGGUCGAGCACAGAGAUGACUCUGUUGCUUCUGUGCGGAGCAUGGAGAAGACUCUGCAAGAUGCCGGUUUUGACAUCUACGGAGUUCACACCACCGCCGACACCACAGAUCUAGCACGCAGCUCACAAGUCGAACUGGGUGAGAGCAGUCGGGCCAUGGACCAGUCUAGUGGCCAUUUCAACUCUUGGUUUCGCAGUCUGUGGUUGAAGCAAUCUCCUUCGGUUAUGGAGUCAGCCAGGUCGGCCCACCUCGAGAACUGCGAAGAAUGUCGACGUGAAGCAGCAAAAGGCGACGUCCCAGGACAAGACGCCGGCAAAGGACAACUAGUUAAAGUCACAACUGCAAACUCCGAGUACUCCGAGGCAGACAACAUGUCAUACCCCCUCCAACAAAUCGUCGUGGAAACAGAACGCCCAUCUUCGUCGUGGCGGGUCACGCUCUCCGUCGGCGGCAUGACCUGUGCUGUCUGCGUCAACACCAUCAGCGAUGAACUCAAGAAAAACCCUUGGAUCUCCAACGUUGCUGUGAACCUCGUCAUGAACAGUGCCACGGUCGAAUAUACUGACGAAAGUCGAACCCAAGACAUUGUCGACGCUAUCGAAGACUUGGGGUACGAUGCCACAAUUGACCAGGUCACCAAUCUUGAUGAGCAACGGCCGUCGGCAGAUGGACGGGAUAUUGAGAUCAAGGUUGACGGCAUCUUCUGCUCCCGAUGUCCUGAGCGGAUCAGCAUGACUCUGAAGAGCCUCGGCCCCAACCGACUCGAGAUUCUCCAGGAGCCUUCCCCCACGAACCCAAUUCUCAAACUCCACUACACACCCGACACACCAAACUUCACCAUCCGGCACAUCUUGCGAGCCAUUGAGGCUGCUGACACGUCCCUCCGUACUUCGAUUUACCAUCCUCCAACCCUCGAGGAACGAUCCAGAGCCAUCAGAGAAAAGCAACACCGUUCGCUUUUGAUGCGCGAGAUUCUAACCAUCAUCGUCGCCAUUCCUACCUUUAUCCUCGGUAUAGUCUAUAUGAGCCUACUGCCUGAUUCGAAUCAUGGAAAGAUGUAUCUCAUGGAGCCCUGGGCCUCGGGUCUCACCCGCCUCGAUAUUGCCCUAUUCAUACUUGCCACUCCCGUCUACUUCCUAGCCGCCGACGUGUUCCACGUCCGAGCAAUCAAGGAGGUGCGAACCAUAUGGCGCUCGGGGAGUCGGAUCCCUGUAAUUCAACGAUUCUAUCGAUUCGGUAGCAUGAACAUGCUGGUCUCGCUGGGCACGAGCAUUGCCUACUUCUCCUCCAUUGCGCAGAUGAUUGUGGCCGCUGUCUCCAACCGAAAACACCACGGCUCAGGGGCGGAAUUUUAUUUCGACUCGGUCGUCUUCUUGACACUAUUCCUGCUGGCAGGAAGAUUGAUUGAGGGGUAUAGCAAGUCCAAGACCGGCGAUGCAGUGGAGUUGCUGGGAAAGCUACGGCCAACCACUGCCCUCCUUCUCGAGAAGGACAAGACCGGGGCUCAGGCGACGACGACGAUACCGAUCGACCAGCUGGAUGCUGGCGAUGUGAUACGGGUGCCCCAUGGCGCAUCCCCUGCUGCGGAUGGUAUCAUCGUUACCGGCGAGACGACCUUCGACGAGUCGAGUCUCACCGGCGAGUCCCGACCCAUCAAGAAGUCGGAAGGCGAUCAGGUGUUUGCAGGUACUGUUAACAAGGCGUCGGCCAUUACUGUGCGCGUUACUGGAACCUCAGGUCGAUCGAUGCUAGACCAGAUUGUCCAGGUAGUUCGGGAGGGCCAAACGAAGCGCGCUCCCAUCGAGCAGAUUGCGGACGUCCUAACAACCUACUUCGUCCCCGUCAUUACACUCAUCGCCAUCACCACCUGGGUCGUCUGGAUGGCUCUCGGCUAUUCGAACAUGAUUUCAGACAGGGAAGGAGACUCGGCAGGCGGUUGGGUUGCCUUCGCUUUCCAGUUUGCCGUUGCAGUGUUCGUCGUCGCAUGCCCAUGUGGCCUCGCACUCGCAGCUCCGACGGCCAUUUUCGUUGGCGGCGGCAUCGCGGCCAAGCACGGUAUCCUUGCCAAGGGAGGUGGCGAGGCCUUUGAGAAGGCGAGCAAGAUUGAUUGCGUCGUGUUUGAUAAGACGGGUACCAUCACUGAGGGCGGAGAGCCGCAGAUUACCGAUGCUGCCAUCUUCCCGAAUAGCGAACAGGCUACCGAGGACGAACGUCGCACGCUCAUGUCGGUUCUCAAGGCGGUUGAGGAGAACAGCAGCCAUCCUAUCGCCACUGCCAUUGUCGCAUUUUGCGGCGCCGAUACUCGCGCGGCCGAGGUUGCGGGACUGGAGGAAUUGCCCGGAAAGGGGAUGAAGGCGACUUACACGGACAAUGCAAACGAGGUUUCUGAGAUGCUCGUGGGCAACGAACUCCUGAUGCGUGAUGCUUCGGUCAGUCUCUCGCCUCGUGUCUCUUCUCUCCUCGAGACUUGGAAAUCAGAAGCCAAGUCCAUUGCUCUAGUGGCAACGAAGUCAUCCACCGACGACUCGUGGACACUCGUCGCUGCGCUCUCCAUCUCGGAUCCGAUCCGCCGCGAGGCCAGCUCCGUGAUCAAGGCCCUCAUCUCCCGCGGAACCCAAGUCUGGAUGCUCUCUGGCGACAACGCAACGACGGCCCGCGCCGUGGCGCAGCUCGUCGGCAUCCCAGCCGACAACGUCCUCGCCGAGGUGCUCCCCUCGGACAAGGCAGCGCAGAUCACGUCGCUCCAGGCAUCGCUUCACGCAAGGGGCUCAACUUCACGACGGGCCACGGUGGCGAUGGUCGGCGACGGCAUCAAUGACGCGCCCGCCUUGGCCACGGCCGAUGUAGGCAUCGCCAUCGGUUCCGGCAGCGACGUUGCCAUCAGCAGCGCGGCGUUUGUGCUGGCUACGUCUCGGCUGGGUGCGGUGGUCACGCUGCUGGACCUCAGCCACGCCGUGUUCCGCCGCAUCCGAGCCAACUUUGCCUGGGCUGUCAUCUACAACCUGCUCGCGGUGCCGGUCGCCGCGGGGUGCCUGUACCCGAUUACGACGUCAGAGGGCAAACAUGUGCGGCUGGAUCCCGUGUGGGCGGCGUUGGCGAUGGCCUUGUCGAGCAUCAGCGUGGUGUUGAGCAGCCUAAGUCUGCGGACGAGGGUGCCGGGACUUGGGUUCAGGUACAACAAGGGUGCGCAUGGGGCGGAGGAGUGAUACUAUCUGAUGUGGCUUUGUGUCUCUGUCUACGGAGGACCGGCGUCAAGGUGUUGUUUGUUUGCUUGCUUGUUGGCUUGUGCAAAGGGACCCUGGUUGUUGGGUUGGCCUGAACGAAUUAGGAAGAUAAUUACUCGAUACGAAUACUGAGCAUUCACUAAUACCAGUCUGAUCAAUCACACAUGUCAA